GUCUGACUUCGUUUCACAUCCUUGUAUUUAAACACAGGCGAAGCUCCAUCCCACCAUACGACACCACUCACUCAACCAAACCAUUCCAAACGCAGACAGAUAACCCCACCAACUCUCUAAUGGCUUCUUUCCUUUUUUCUAUUCUUCGUCUCACAAUUUUCCUCCUUAUUUUCCAUUCAAAACUCUGUUUUCCCUCGAAACAAACACUCUUACUGCCCCUCAAAACUGACACCGUUCGUCGCGUUUCUUCGCCAACAGCCACCACAAGCAAGCUCCCGUUUCACCACAACGUCAGCUUAACCGUCUCUCUUCGAGUUGGCUCGCCGCCGCAAAAUGUCACCAUGGUUCUCGACACUGGCAGCGAACUUUCAUGGCUCCACUGUAAUAAAUCACAAAACUUUAACUCCUUUUUCAACCCUCUUGCUUCCUCUUCAUAUUCAACCAUUCCUUGCUCUUCUUCUGUUUGCACGACCCGAACCCGGGACCUGCCGAUACCCGCUUCAUGUGAUAGCAAGAAGCUCUGCCACGUCAGCGUCUCAUACGCAGACUUGACUUCUAUUGAAGGUAAACUUGCCACUGAAACCAUGUCAAUGGGCUCGUUAACACAACGCGGGUUCAUAUUCGGGUGCAUGGACUCGGGUAUUAGUACUAGUUCUGAUGAAGAUUCAAGAACAACCGGGUUAAUGGGCAUGAACCUUGGGUCGUUAUCUUUCGUUACUCAAAUGGGGUUUCCCAAAUUCUCGUAUUGUAUAUCGGGUUUUGACUCGUCUGGUGUUUUAAUUUUCGGGGACGUGAAAUUGUCGUGGCUUAAACCGUUAAAUUAUACUCCUAUGGUUAAAAUGUCCAAACCGUUACCGUAUUUUGAUCGGGUGGCAUAUAGUGUUCAACUUGAGGGCAUAAAAGUUGGGAGUAAGUUGUUGAAUUUACCAAAAUCUUAUUUUGUACCGGACCAUACCGGGGCGGGUCAAACAAUGGUUGACUCGGGUACACAGUUCACUUUUUUAAUGGGUCCGGUUUACAGUGCUCUAAGAAAUGAGUUUUUGCAACAAACAAAAGGGAUAUUGAGAGUCUUGGAUGACCCGAAUUUCGUAUUUCAAGGUGCAAUGGAUUUGUGUUAUCUAGUCGAGUCGACUCGGCGAAACUUGCCCGAGUUGCCUGUGGUGAGUUUAUUGUUUACAGGGGCGCAAAUAAGUGUUUCGGGUCCAAGAUUAUUGUAUCGGGUACCCGGUAUGGUGAAGGGUGGAAAGGAUUCGGUGUAUUGCUUCACAUUUGGUAAUUCUGAUCUGUUGGGUAUAGAGGCCUUUGUGAUUGGCCAUCAUCAUCAACAAAACGUUUGGAUGGAGUUUGAUUUGGCUAAAUCUAGGGUGGGCUUCACUGAAUUUAGGUGCGAUAUUGCUAGUAAAAAACUUGGGAUUGGCGUCUAAGUGACUUUUUUUUUUUUUUUUUCCUUUUUUAAUUUAUUAUUAUUUUUAAUUUUUAGUAAUAGGAAAAUUUAGAGAGAACUUGUAAAUUGCAUUAAAUCUCUCCUUACAAAAACAAAUGAAUAUAGAAUUAUCGGUUUUAAUUC